CGCAGUACUAUUCUUGAGUUUUCUUCUUUUUCUUUAUUUUUUGUUAAUCAUUUUUGCAUGGUUUACAGGCCAGUCUCGAAUAUUGCUCUAUCUCAAAGCUUGACUCAGAACCCAGUACCGGUGCUUUGGAAUCAAACUCCAUAUAUAUUAAUGGCGUCCCAACCAUUCCAUCAGGCAUCAGCAGGAAUGAAUAGCUUUGUCCCGUCCAACCCAUCAUCAGGAAGUCAUGGCGGCCAAGUGGACCUCACCCUCAGGCUAGGAUUACCUAAAGACUCUCACGAAAAGAACAAUCUUUUCAACUUGGGCGGCCAAUAUGAUCCUCCUGCUCCCAUGAACUAUCACCAUGCCUAUUUCAGCUACAAUCGUGGCUGCUCUUACUCUCCGGGCACAUAUCCUUUUGGCAUGGCUUCUGAAAUGGGCAGCAUGACCAACCAGCUGGGUGGACAGAAUAUGUAUGAUCACCCCAAUAUUCAUAUGAAUGAUCCAUGGUUAGCAAACCCUAAUUACAUGAAUUCAAAUGGAGUACUAGGGCAUCAUCCCUACAACUACUACAACAACAUCCAGCCUCCAGCAGCUCAAAUGAAUGAGUACGUACUGCUUAGCCCCUCCUCUAGGACGCCUGGCAAUGGCAGCUCCUCUUCAAGGCGUCAAUGCAAUAUCAAUUAUAAUGACCCUAACAAGAGGUGCACCAACUAUAACUGUGGCACUAAUAACACUCCCAUGUGGCGCAAAGGCCCCCUUGGCCCUAAGAGCCUUUGCAAUGCUUGUGGGAUCAAGUAUAGAAAGGACGAGGAGAGAAAGAAAGCCAGAGAUAUUGCAGCUGAAAGCUCCGGCACAAGCAGUCGGGAUCAGGAAUGACCGAGAGAUCAGAUCAAGUCAAUGCUCGAUCGACGUGUUUGAAAACAAUAUCAGGUUUCAAAAUAAUUCAGAGUUGGAUGAAAGUAUAUGGGACAUAACCAUAUAUAUAUAGCUUUUCCUCAUUUUCUGGAAUACAUUUUGGGAUGAAAAUACUCAUAAGAAUAUUUGGUAGCUUUUUGCUUUCUGCUAUUUAGAAGAAGAACAUGGACGAAUGUCAUGACAACAUUGGCUA